AUGGAGCGGCCGGCGCCCCUCGCGGUGUUACCCUUCUCCGACCCCGCGCACGCCUUAAACCUGCUACGCGGCCUGAGCCAGCUCCGCGCCGAACGUAAGUUCUUGGACGUCACCCUGGAGGCGGCGGGUGGACGCGACUUCCCGGCGCACCGGGCCGUGUUGGCGGCUGCCAGUCCCUACUUCCGCGCCAUGUUCGCCGGGCAGCUGCGCGAGAGCCGCGCGGAGCGAGUGCGGCUGCACGGCGUGCCUCCUGACAUGCUGCAGCUGUUGAUAGACUUCAGCUACACUGGCCGCGUGGCGGUGAGCGGCGACAACGCUGAGCCACUGCUCCGCGCCGCCGACCUGUUGCAGUUCCCGGCGGUGAAGGAGGCGUGCGGCGCCUUCCUGCAGCAGCAACUCGACCUGGCCAACUGCCUGGACAUGCAGGACUUCGCCGAGACCUUCAGCUGCGCGGGGUUGGCGAGCGCCGCGCAGCGCUUCAUCCUGCGCCACGUGGGCAAACUGGGCCCUGAACAGUUGGAGCGGCUGCCCGUGGCGCGCCUGCUGCGCUACCUUCGCGACGACGGUCUGUGCGUGCCCAAGGAGGAGGCCGCUUACCAGCUGGCGCUGCGCUGGGUGCGCGCCGACCCGCCGCGCCGCGCCUCGUACUGGCCGCAGCUGCUCGAGGCCGUGCGCUUGCCCUUCGUACGCCGCUUCUACCUGCUUGCGCACGUCGAAGCCGAGCCGCUGUUGGCGUGCUACCCGCCCUGCUUGCGCCUGCUGCGCGAAGCUCGCGACUUCCAGACUGCGCGCUAUGACCGCCACGACCGCGGGCCCUGCCCCCGCAUGCGCCCACGCCCCUCCACCGGCCUCGCCGAGAUUCUGGUGCUCGUGGGCGGCUGCGACCAGGACUGUGACGAGCUGGUCACCGUCGACUGCUACAACCCGCAGACUGGACAGUGGCGCUACCUGGCAGAGUUCCCCGAUCACCUGGGCGGUGGUUAUAGUAUCGUGGCACUGGGCAAUGACAUUUAUGUGACAGGUGGAUCUGAUGGCUCAAGGCUCUACGACUGCGUAUGGAGGUACAAUUCGAGCGUGAACGAGUGGACAGAGGUGGCACCCAUGCUGAAGGCCCGCGAGUACCACAGCUCCUCGGUGCUGAACGGGCUGCUCUAUGUAGUGGCUGCAGACAGCACAGAGCGCUAUGACCACACUGCUGACUCUUGGGAGGCCCUGCAGCCCAUGACUUACCCCAUGGACAACUGCUCUACCACGGCCUGCCGCGGCAGGCUCUAUGCCAUUGGCUCCCUGGCCGGCAAGGAGACCAUGGUCAUUCAGUGCUACCAUCCAGAAACAGACCUGUGGUCUCUGGUGGACUGUGGCCAGCUCCCACCCUGGUCCUUCGCCCCCAAAACUGUGACACUGAGCGGACUCAUGUACUUUGUCAGGGACGACUCCGCCGAGGUGGAUGUCUACAACCCGGUGAAGAACGAGUGGGACAAGAUCCCGUCUAUGAAUCAGGUGCAUGUUGGUGGCAGCCUGGCUGUGCUGGGCGGGAAGCUGUAUGUCUCUGGUGGCUACGACGACACAUUUGAACUCUCUGAUGUGGUAGAGGCGUAUGACCCGGAGACUCGGGCAUGGAGUGUGGUGGGGCGGCUCCCGGAGCCCACCUUCUGGCACGGCAGCGUCAGCAUCUUCCGCCAGUUCUUGCCCCAGGUGUCCUCAGGCUUACGUGGCUUUGACCUGGACAGUGGCAGCCACGAAGGCCGUCUCCAGGCACCACAGAACCUGGACGAGCUGUACUAG